AUGGCAGACCAAGAGAAACAUAACAUGGAAGUCAGAAUGGAAAUUGAUGAGUUAAAAUCAGGCAUGAUUAAGCUUACCGAGAUGAUGCAAGUGUUGAUGGCUAGGACCGAUCCACCUCAAAGGACUGUUAUUUCUGAAGUCGCAACUGCUGUUGUUGAUCCUUCACUUGCUCAGAAGCCACCUUCUACUUGGCCAGAAUUUAGGUUACCUGAGAAUUUUUCUCCAACAUAUGUCAAUGCUUCUAUAGUGGGUCAAACAUCGAGGCGGGUAUUUCAACCUCCAGUCUUUUCUGAACCUCCACCUGUUGUUCAUACUACUGCUCAAGCUGUUCCAGCUCGUUAUGACAAUCCUCUCUAUGACUACCGGUCUGUUGGUUCUCGAAGUGUUAGUCAAGGAGACUGUGGUGAAGUUGAAGAAGUCCGUGAGCAAUAUCAGGCAUUGGAAAAGAGAUUAAGAGCUAUGGAAGGAAGCAAUUUCUUUAGUGUGAAUGCUGAUAAUAUGGGCCUUGUUUCAAAUCUUGUCAUGCCUUCCAAGUUCAAAGUUCCUGAGUUCGAGAAGUAUAAGGGGCAUACUUGUCCAAGGAGUCAUUUGACCAUGUAUUACAGAAAGAUGACUGCUUAUACCAACAAUCAGAAUUUGCUCAUUCAUUGCUUUCAAGACAGUUUAAGUGGUGCUUCUUUGAAGUGGUAUAUGAGUUUGGAAAAGGGUUGUGUUCAAAGUUUCCAAGAUUUAGCUGAUGCAUUCAUGAAACAGUACAAGUAUAAUCUGGACAUGGAAUUGACUAGCUUGUUCAUGGACACUCUCUCUCCUUUCUUUUGGGAGAAGAUGAUUGGAAGUGUGUCUUCAAAUUUCACUGAUUUGGUAACAAUUGGUCAAAGGCUAGAAGAAGGAAUUAGGAAAGGAAAAGUGUCUGUUGCUGCUGAUUCUUCAAGGAAACCUUUUGGGGGCUUUCAAAAGAAGAAAGAAGGUGAAACCAGUGCUAUUGAAAGACCUCGAAAGAGAGCUCAACAUUACGGUCAACCUCAAGUAGCUGAUGUCCAAGCUCCUCAUCAGAAUACUGGUCAGAAUCAUGCUGCAAGGAAUAGAACUCAGUUUGACCCUAUUCCAAUGACUUAUACUGAGUUGUAUCCUCACUUGGUUCAGCUAGGUUUGAUUACCACAAGGUCUUUUACUCCUCCGAAUCCUCUUCCAGCUAACUUCAGGUCUGAUCUCCACUGUGAGUUUCAUCAAGGAGCUGCUGGUCAUGAUUUAGAGCAUUGUUACGCACUGAAGAUUAGAGUGCAAGAGUUGGUCAGAGGAAAGGUGAUAGAUUUCACGGCUCGUACUCCAAAUGUUGUCAACAAUCCUUUUCCAGUGAAUGGUAAAUGA